AACAAAACAAAAACAAAAACAAAAAACCCUGUCAUUGUCCAUUUCCUAGUUAUAAUAGUUGUACUACGCUUGCCCAGUGUAUGGCUGUAUAACAUUUUAUGUAAUCAUUCACCCCUUGAAGGACAUGGGGGUUGUUUCUAGUUUUUGGUGAUUACAAACAAAGCUGCUCUGAGUAUUUAUUUUCAGGUUUUUGUGUGAAUGUAUGUUUCUAUUUCUUCUAGGAUAAAUGCCUAGGAGUGUAACUGUUGGGUUGUGUGUGAAAAUGCCUCGUGCAAAAGCAGCUCAGGCUGGAAGACAGGGCCCUGCGAAGAGACGCCUUGCAGAACAGUUUGCAGCUGGGGAGAUAGUGACGGACAUGUCAAAAAAGGAGUGGAAACUGGGACUGCCUGUUGGCCAAGGCGGCUUUGGCUGUAUAUAUCUUGCUGAUGCAAAUUCUUCAAAAUCAGUUGGCAGCGAUGCACCCUGUGUUGUAAAAGUGGAACCCAGUGACAAUGGACCUCUUUUUACUGAAUUAAAGUUUUACCAGCGAGCUGCUAAACCAGAGCAAAUUCAGAAAUGGAUUCACUCCCAUAAACUGAAGUACCUUGGUGUUCCUAAGUAUUGGGGAUCUGGUCUACAUGAUAAAAAUGGAAAAAGUUACAGGUUUAUGAUAAUGGAUCGCUUUGGGAGUGACCUUCAGAAAAUAUAUGAAGCUAAUGCUAGAAGAUUUUCUCGGAAAACUGUGUUGCAGCUAAGCUUAAGAAUUCUGGAAAUUCUGGAAUAUAUUCACGAGCAUGAGUAUGUACAUGGAGAUAUUAAGGCCUCAAAUCUUCUUCUGAGCUACAAGAAUCCUGACCAGGUGUACUUGGUGGAUUAUGGCCUUGCUUAUCGCUACUGCCCGGAAGGAGUUCAUAAAGAAUACAAAGAAGACCCCAAAAGAUGUCAUGAUGGCACUAUUGAAUUCACCAGCAUCGAUGCUCACAAUGGCGUGGCGCCUUCACGACGUGGUGAUUUGGAAAUACUUGGUUAUUGCAUGAUCCAGUGGCUUAGCGGCCAUCUUCCUUGGGAGGAUAAUUUGAAAGAUCCAAACUAUGUUAGAGAUUCCAAAAUUAGAUACAGAGAAGAUAUUGCAGGCUUGAUGGAUAAAUGUUUUCCUGAGAAAAACAAGCCAGGUGAAAUUGCUAAAUACCUGGAAACUGUGAAAUUACUGAACUACACUGAGAAGCCUCUGUAUCAGAAUUUACGUGACAUUCUUCUACAAGGGCUAAAGGCCAUAGGAAGUAAGGAUGAUGGUAAACUGGACCUGAGUGCUGUGGAGAAUGGCGGACUGAAAUCCAAAGCAGUGACAAAGAAGCGAAAGAAAGAUGAAAGCACAGCUUCCAGUGUUGAAGAUAUGGAAUGCUCAAGCACACAGACAGAGGAGGCCAUCCAGACCCGAAGUGAGGACUCCCGAGGAGCAAUACAUGGAAGCAUGUCUCAGCCAGAGGCUAGCAGCAGCAGCUAUGACAGUUCAAGAACCAGAAAAAGAGUCCAGAAGUAACUCAAAUGCUGGAAAUCGACUUUUCUGCUUGUUUGACUUUUUCUCUUUUUCUCUUUUGUUUUAUUUCAUGUGAGUUCUUGUGGGGUGGGAGUAAUAAUUAAAUACCUGUUUUUUUGAAAACAAAUUCUUUUAUUAAAAUGGAUAUUUUGUACAAUUUA